AGCACUGAGGUGCGCAUCUCGACCUCGACUCCGGCCAUUCCAGCGACUUCCGCCUCCUGUCUGUCCGCCUUCACUGAUUGCGCGCCCACCCUUUCGCCUGCACCGUCAUCUCCUGUCGCUAUGCAGAACCCGCAAAUGGCCGCCGCCAUGGCCGCCAACAUGAAUGCUGGCGGUCCUGUGACUGGAACUCCCAUCAUGAACAAUGGCCAGCGCCGCCCCCAGGUGAUAGAGCCGCGCGACCACCUCAACACGUACAUCUACGAUUAUUUCCUCCGCAACGGUCAUCCCCAAAUAGCGCGCAUGAUGAUCAAAUGCGAACUUGAGCUAAAGCUCGGCGAUAAGAACCAGAAAACAAGCCCGAGUGGCAGGAACGUUAAUGGCGUCGAUAGCAUGGACGAUUCCGCGGACGACCUCCCCCCCGCCGAAUUACCCCAUGGCCAUGUCACGGAGACCUCCUUCCUUUCGGAUUGGUGGUUCCAGUUCUGGGAUAUCUUCAGCUCCGCUCGCGGUGGGGGCACUGCCAAGAGCACUCUUUACACUGGUCAUGUCCGGAACAUCACCCAACUGAACAAUCAGCAGCGGAAUGAUCGCAUGAUGAUGACUGGCGGUAUGAAUGGUAUGAACGGCAUGAACCCACAGCAAUAUGGCGGCAUGAUGCGUAACGUAAACGGUAUGCCCAAGCCUAACGAGCUGCAAAGGGCAGCAAUGAACAAUCGCAAUCCUGGUCAAGCUGCCGCCAUGGCAAACAUGAAUCUGCAGAAACAACAGGCCAUGAUGGGCGCCCAGAUGCAAAGAGAUGGCUCGCAGAUGGAAAUGAACGGGCGACCGCAAUCACCAGGGUCCAACGAUAAUGCUGCGUCGCCGAACAAGCGGCAACGUGUCGAAGGUGGAAUGAAUGCGGCCAAUGGGUCGAAUCAGUUUAAUGAGUUUGGUGGAAAUGUGCAGCAAAAAUCCAUUGAGGGGAUGAAUGCGGGAGCUCAAGGGUCUCCUUUGAUUCAACCAGGCGCCCUCGAUGGCUCUGAGCAGAUCUUUGUUGGCAACAACCCCAACAGAAUGCCUCCCGGCCAAGCUGGCCAGCCUCCCGGCAACCACGCUCUUCAGGACUAUCAGAUGCAACUCAUGCUUCUUGAACAACAGAACAAGAAGCGGCUGCUAAUGGCCCGACAGGAACAGGAUAACAUGUCUGGCCAGGGUGUAGGUGGUCCUGCCCAAUUUUCUGCCGCUAUGUCUCCCCAGGGGAGCAGCAGAGCAGGCGGUCCUUCCCCUAAUCCAACAGAUCAAAUGAAGAAGAACACACCAAGGAUGGGAGCUCAAGUUCUCCCUGGAUCACCAAUGCCAGACGGUAUGAUGCAACCACAGCGGAACUCCCCGGCACCUAACAUGCCAUAUGAUCCCAACGCACCUCCACAAGGCUUCCCACAGACCUACCCAGGUCUUCCUGGACAAAUGCCUACCACCCCGAUGAUGCGACAAAACCCAAGUUCCCAUCCCGGCCAAUUCAACGGGCAACAAUUGACACCGGCGCAAAUGGAGGCAAUGCAGCGAACCGGCGGCAUGCAGCCCAACGGAGCCUGGCGGGCGCCUCCUGGUCAACCUGGAAUGAUGCCUGGCCAGCAGCAAAUGGGACCAAUGGGUGGCCAGCCCCAGCCAAGAGGGCAAAUGCCUCCACCUCCAGCGCCUGCCAACGAGCCAUCUCGUCCCCAGGUCCCCUCACCUUCUCAGCCUUCUCAAGCUCCUCCAACGCCAUCGCAAGGCAAUAAGCCAAAUCCAAAGAAGAAGAACACCAAGGAUACCAAGAAACCCGCAAACAAGAAAGGAACGGGUGCAACCCCUGCAGCCUCUGGAGCUGAAGAGCCACCUACGCCAACAACCCCCAUGCACAAGAACUUUGGACAGAACGGACAACAGCAGCCGUCUCAGGCUUCUGCCCAGCCUCAGCCUCCCGCAGCAUCGCAACAACAGCCACCGCAACCGCAACAGCAACAUCAGCCUCCUAUGGAGAACAACGCUGGUCCUCCUUUCGGCAACAUUCCUGACGAUACUCCAUUCACCGACAUUGGCUUUGGCGGAUUUGAUGACGGCACCUCACUCGACACAUUCGAUUUCGAAUCAUUCCUACACGUAGGCGACAAUGACGGCCUUAGCAACGGGUUCGACUCCGGUUUGGACUUCGGCGUUGAAGCUGGGGGAGACGGUAUCCCGUGA